AUGUCAGGAGGUGGUAAGGACCGUAUUGCGAUGUUCCCAUCGAGAAUGGCUCAGACGCUCAUGAAGACGCGUCUGAAGGGAGCUCAGAAAGGACAUUCUCUCUUAAAGAAGAAGGCCGAUGCGCUUAACAUGCGUUUCCGUGAUAUUCUCAAGAAGAUUGUUGAGAACAAAAUUCUCAUGGGAGAGGUCAUGAAGGAGGCUGCUUUCUCUUUGGCAGAGGCAAAAUUCACCGCUGGUGAUUUCUCGCAUACUGUUAUCCAAAAUGUUUCGCAAGCUCAAUAUCGCGUCAGAAUGAAGAAGGAAAACGUCGUAGGAGUAUUCUUGCCGGUGUUCGACGCCUAUCAAGACGGACCGGAUGCUUAUGAUCUUACCGGUCUCGGAAAGGGAGGAGCCAACAUUGCUCGUCUGAAGAAGAACUACAACAAGGCUAUCGAGCUUCUCGUUGAGUUGGCCACUCUUCAGACGUGCUUCAUUACUCUCGAUGAAGCCAUCAAAGUCACUAACAGACGUGUUAACGCCAUCGAGCACGUCAUCAUUCCACGUAUCGAAAACACUCUUUCGUACAUUGUGACCGAACUCGACGAAAUGGAAAGAGAGGAGUUCUUCCGCAUGAAGAAGAUUCAGGCGAACAAGAAGAAGCUCAAAGAGAAGGAAGCCGCCGCUCUCGCUGCGAGUGGUCUCGGGGGCGGGCACAACGAGAACGAUGUCGGCGGGCGAAACUUGCUCGCCACCGAAGACGAUUUGCCAGUGCUCUUCAACUAA